AGCCGCCUAGGACAACAAGAACUCAAGAAGCGUGGUGAAGCGAAUUCCUCUGUGUUUCCCAGCUUCCUGUUCGCCUUGGACUAGCUGGCGUCAAACAUUCUGCACAAAUCUUUGACGUCUCUCCCCAGGCUCGUGUUGUCUCCCCGACGCAGUUCUUCGCUCGCUGCGCCGUCAACCGAGAAAAGCUUCGUCUCUCAAAAGUUUCGGUGCCUUUGAUCGGCUUGAUUUCCAGGAGCUCGUGUCGCUCGUUCCCGUCGUGAUUUGAGCUCUGUGGAGGCGAUGGAGAAGUUGAGGCGAAAAGCCACCGCGAACUGAGCCCCGCCGCCUCCUUCAGCUCCAAGCGAUGGAUUGCUUCCGCUGCUUCAGCAGCAAGGGGAAGAAGGGCAAGGUCGAGAAGAGGCGGGAGGGGACAACGGCGCCGGCGUCCCCGGCGGCCGCCUCGUUCCCCUCCACCGUCUCCACGGGGGCGCGCUCCAACCUGUCCUUCUCCACGGCGUCGUCGGCCGUUGGCAUGAGCCUGUCCGAGGACUCGAGCGCGGCGGUGCGGGCCGCGGCGAGCAAGUCGUCGGGCUCGGCCUCGGUCUCGUCGGCGCGGAGCAUCCCGGAGCUGUACGAGGAGAGGGGAGCCAACAGCCUCCGCGAGUUCGGGUUCCGGGAGCUCCGGGCCGCCACCAGCGACUUCAGCCGCCUGCUCAAGGUCGGCGAGGGCGGCUUCGGUAGCGUCUACAAGGGCGUCGUCCGGCUGCCCGGUGGGUCCGCCGGCGGCACGGUGGUCGCCAUCAAGAAACUCAAUCCCAAUGGCCAUCAGGGGCACAAGCAAUGGUUGGCAGAAGUUCAUUUUCUGGGAGUUGUUGAGCACCCAAAUCUCGUCAACCUCAUUGGGUACUGCGCCUCGCAAAGUGAAAGGGGCCCUCAAAGGCUGCUGGUCUAUGAGUUCAUGCCGAACAAAACCUUGGACGACCAUCUGUUCAAUAAAGCAUACCCUGUCCUCCCAUGGGACACCAGGUUGGAAAUAGCACUGGGUGCUGCUGAGGGAUUGACGUACCUCCAUGAGGGAUUGGAAGUUCAGGUCAUAUAUCGCGACUUCAAAGCUUCCAAUGUCCUGCUGGAUGAGGAGUUUAGAGCAAAACUUUCAGAUUUUGGAUUGGCAAGGGAAGGGCCAUCAGCAGAUCAUACUCACGUAUCUACAGCGGUUAUGGGGACACUGGGCUAUGCGGCUCCAGAUUAUGUCGAGACAGGCCAUCUCACUACAAAGAGUGAUGUUUGGAGCUUUGGGGUAGUUCUAUAUGAGAUCCUCACUGGACGGCGCUCAAUGGAGAGGCAUCGUCCUAAGAAUGAGCAGAAACUUCUUGAAUGGGUGAAGCAGUAUCCUGUCGAAAGUAAGCAGUUCAGCAGGAUUAUAGAUACAAGGCUUGAAGGCCAUUACUCUAAGCAGGGCACUAGAAAAAUCGCCAAGUUGGCCAAUAGUUGCCUUGCAAAACACAGAAGGGACCGUCCAACAAUGAGAGAAGUGGUUGAGAGCCUGAAGCAAGCAAUGCAGCACAAGGAGUUAAAUGGGGACGCAGGGGCUUUGGGUGAGAGUUCACCACCUGAUGAGGUGUCAGGGAAACCAACCACAGAGGAUGUUGCCGUGGCAUCAGCAAGGCGGCGGAUGCUUCAUCUGGCUGCCCUAGGUGAAAAUGCAAACAGCAUUGCGAGGAGGAGAUUCAUGCUCAUGAGGGCUGUGGCUGCUCCAACUCCUACGUAAUCUUCAGUUUAGUUAUGAUCGUUUCUUUUGAUCCUGUACUUUCUUAUGUGCUUAUGGAUAUAGGGUCAUUGGUGACGUCCCCCCUAGUCAGUGACUCAGUGUACAUCUAUUAGAUGAUCAAACAUUCCUUUUUACUUAUGAUCUGUACUGUACUUUCUAUAGGUAGGGUGGGUGUGAGACUAGAGAUUCUCUAUUGUAAAGGUUUCUUUGCCGUAAGGAUUCAUAGGUAUGAGAUGCAAUUCUGUUCUCUAUUGUUGCCUGCAACUUUAAACUUCGUAUAGAUAGUGAUAAAGGUGCCAAA